UGAUUAUUCUUCUCCUGCCAACUCUCCAUUAUCCACAACUUUUUCACAAAAAUAAAUACAAUAGAUAUAAUCCAGUAAUCCCCUCCAGUCCACUCAGAAAAACAAAUGGACAACUACUCAUACUCCAGUGUUCAAUCAUCUCCACGAUCCACCAGUGAUGCUACUUGGGAUGAUGAUUCACAGCACUCACUUGGCAACUACAAAAUCAAGCUCAUGUGCAGUUAUGGCGGGAAAAUCCAGCCACGUCAGCACGACAAUCAGCUCGCGUACGUCGCCGGCGACACCAAGAUCUUCGCCGUCGAUCGCAACAUCAAGUUCUCUCUCUUUCUCUCCAAGCUAUCGGCUCUCUCUCAUCUUGACGCGAAGUCUCUGUGUUUUCGGUAUCAGCUGCCUGGCGAAGAUCUCGAUGCGUUGAUUUCGGUGACGAAUGAUGAGGAUUUGGAGCAUAUGAUGCUCGAGUAUGAUCGACUUUAUCGAGCCUCGAGUAAGCCGGUGAGGCUCCGUUUGUUUCUGUUUCCGGCGCCGGCGGCGCCAUCGUCGGCGUUCAGCUCGUCGGAUUCGAAGCCGGAUCGGCAGUGGUUCGUGGACGCGUUGAAUUCUGUGCAGAAUCAGAGUCAUAAUGACUCGGCUUCGUCGACGGCGGUGACGCCGCCGUUGUCGGCGACGCCGGACUUUUUGUUCGGUUUUGAUAAGGAAGGGCACGGUGAUAGGCAAGCGCCGCCGUGUAAGGCGGCUGAGUCGGUGCCGUCUCAGCACGUUGAUGAUCGUAGCUUUGUAAAUGAUAUGGAAAGGAUGAAUAUGAAUGCAUCGAAUCAGGAGGCUUUGAAUGCGAGAGACGGUUAUUACGGCGAUUUUUUCGGACAGAAACCGCCGGAGAAUGUCCAACAACCGGCAGCAAGUUACUACCAGGAGAGGACCGGAGGGGAACAGAUGUAUUACAUUCCGGCGAACACCGCCGGAGUUUAUCAAACUCAGGUGAUGCGACCGGUGACCGGACAAGUCGGUCAAGGAUAUUACGGAAUGCAAAGGAUGGUACCGGAAGUUUACCGGGAGCAGCCGGUAUACAGUGUAGUCCCCCAGCAGCAGCAGCAACAAUCAUUUCAGCAAAAGAAUGUUGGGGCCUACGCUGUGGGACCAAUGGGUGACCCGUAUGGACAGGUUGGCUAUGACGCGCAAGGGAGGCAAGUGUUUUACACGACGGCGGUGGCAGGGGUGGCGCAGCAGCAGUUUCAGUCGGUGGACGGGAGACAAGGCGGUGGCGAGUUGAAUCAGGAGAGUCGAUAGAUCUGGCUGUACUGAAAGCAUCUCAAGCUGUGAUUAAUAAUUUUGUAUUGCAACUUUUUUGACUUUUGUCUCCUUUUCUUGAUAUAAAAUGUGAGUAAAAUAAUUACUGUGUUUUAUGUACACGAUCUUAUUGUGCAUGGAAUGGAGUUAUGAUUAUUUCGUA